AUGAAUAAAAGACUGCAGGAGGAAAGACUGAAAGCUCAAGAAUUGCUUAAAAAUUCAAAUCAUUUAGCACCAAGUUCGAAAAGUUUCAACUUAAGCGACUUGAAAACAGACAAGACUCAAUAUUUCGAAUCUCCAACUAACCAGAAAUUUGAACCAUCAGAAAUAUCUGCAAGAUCCACAGCACUUAAUCGUAAACAGAUUUUAAAUGAAACAUUUACGGACAUGGAUUUUGAUGAAAUCAUGAGGACGAGUGCUUCAUCAGUAGUGAGAGACAAAUAUCGUCAAAGCAUGGGAAGACUGAGUUUUAUGCCACGUACAGCUGACAUGAGUUUGAGAACAUCCAUAAGCUCAAACACUCGAAACACUGGAAUGGACUUUUGGGACCAAGCUGAAGUUUCAAUGCAAAGCUUUGAUGGAAAAAACGUAACAGCACAGGACGAAAGCUUCAAGCCAGCUGAAGAAAUGGAAGAGAAAAUGCAAGAAGAUGACAUGGAGCAACAAAAAGAAUUUGCACUUGACAUGUCUCAGUUGCAGAAGUAUAUUAAGAAUUAUGACACGCCGGAAAUGAAGAACAUGGUUCUGAACUUUGGAAAGAGCAUCAACGAGUUAAGUAAUGACGUCCAGGAAGAAGCAAAAGCCAAUCCAAAAGUUCGUCAUCUAAGCCGAAUCCUCAAUGGAGUCGAUUUCACUGGAAUGUUUGGUCAAUCACGAAAUAAAGAUGAUAAAGAGAAAGAAAAUGACAACCUCGAUGUUGUUCCAGUAAAGGAAGCGCCGUCAAUAUCCGACGAUAAUCUACAAAGAUCUGAAAAUGCCAUCACAAAUCGUGGUCUUAAGCGACGAUCACGUUCAAGCUCCGUGUCAAAUGAAACACCAAAAACCACUCUUGACAAAUGCUUUCGAUCUAAAUCACCAACCAUGCAAAAUGAACUUCAAGCGGCUGCAGCAACAAUGUUGAAGCCAAAACCAGAUGAAGAUCAUUUCAAAGUUCCGCAAUCAUUAAACAGCAUAAGAUCAAACAUUAGCAGUUUCAACAAGACAGGAAAUAAAUCAAAGCCAGUUUUUGACGAAACUUCUUCUUCACGUGAGUAUGUCACGGCACCGUCCUUGCAUUUAUCAGGAGAGAAACUUUCAUUGCCAAAUUAUGGCCUCAUUCAACCUGAAAAUGUCUUCACUUCACCUGCAAGAUCUUUGAGAACAAGUGGCAAUUCAUCUCCAUUCUCUUCUCAUGGUGAACUUAAAAGAACGUCAUCACAAUUAAGCAAUGGAAGUGAAUUUCACGAUGACGUCCUUCCAAUAAAAAUUCAGAAAUCAAGUCGAAAAUUAUCAUGGAGCAGCGUGAAACUCAACCACAGUUCAUCAAACUCAAUCAGCAUUCAAAAUGGAUCAAACAAAAAAUUGUCAUUGCGUGUGAAAGUUCAAGGAAAUGGAUUUAGUGUGACGCCAAGUGAUGAUUUCCGAAUGAUUCCCAAUGAAGCUCGAACAUUUGAAGUGAAAUUUCAUCCGAUAAAUGUUGGUCCAUCUCGUGGUCAAUUAAUUUUUGAAUUGAUUUCUAACAGCAAAUGUAUGAAGUCAAUUCCAUUGUAUGCUUACGGUGGUCACUGUGCAAUGAAGAUUGAUGGCAUUCAGAAGCCUCCAGAGGGUAAAUCAUUCAUCACAAUGGGCGAUGUGAGAAUGUUGAAGUCUAAAAUGGUGCAACAAAUCAGAUUGACAAAUACUGGAACUAUUCCUGGCUUUGCUGUGUUUGUCUUUGAAACGAAGAGAAACUGGAGCGGGUUUAAUGCUUCGAGAUCACUUUUCACAUCACCAACAGAAGUUCGUGUGGCUCCUGGUGAAACGAAAGUCGUCAACAUUGAAUUCAAAGCGACGAAAGAAGAAAUUCGAAAGAUUAUGAGUCUCAACACUGAAGUUCCGAUUAUUGGGGAAGUUUGUAUGAUUUCAUCUGAUGAACCAACACGAUUGAGAAUUUUCCAUAACAAAGAAUUUGUUCCCGAACAGUUCUUGAAUAUUCUACCAGUUAAAUUACCAUACGAAACUGAAAUCAAACGAGAUCUCUUAUUGUUUAACGAAUACUUUGAUCGUCAGAAGAUUUCGGUUCUUCUUGACAGCAUAAGAUUCAUUGAGAUCUCAUUGACAGUCAACAGAAACAUGGAUGACACGCAAGUUUGUGUUGCUGAGCUUUCCAUGGCAGAUGAUGCUGACAUGAGCUUUGAGACUUUUUGUGAAACGAAUAGAACAAUUGUUAAUUCGGUAGAUGAUGUGAAUAUGCAUCAAGAUGAAGAAUAUGGUUGCUUCGAGAGUAAAUUCUUCCGAGUGUCACCAGCACAAGUCACCUUCAGUCUCACUUAUGACCAACCUAACGUUCCGAAACUUAUCACCAUUGAAUCAACGUGUGCUAAUCCAUUGUAUGCUGAAGCAGUUUCAACGAAAAGUCAUUACAUAACAGCGAUUAAAGCUUGUGGCUCUAUUGAACCGGGUGAAAGUGUUGAAAUUAAAGUCUUACCAAAAUCAAACGCUUUCAUCAAACAAAUUUAUGAUCCGAUUUUCGUCAGCAUUCUAAUUGACAACGCCAAGAUUGAUGUGCCUGUAAGAUUCAUUGAAUAA